UCAGCAACAACGGAUGAUAGUGAAUGGAAGUUUAGUUUUUGAGUUUGGGAUAGAUCAAGGGAGAGAUUAACGGAGAGGCUGAGCAAGAGAAUGGGGAAUUUAGUGGACAAAGUAAAUUCAGGCUCUUAAAUAUCAACGCUUUGCUUUCGCAAAAGACCGAAAACGCAGUUGAAUAAGGCAAAACAAGAGCCCUCUCUCUCUCCCAAGUCUGUGUCGAGGACGGUGGCAGGUGUUCAGUUGAGGGAGACGCAUCGCCUCAGUCAGCUCCCCAAGCCCCAACAGGGUGCUGGAGACGGAGAAAAACGGCUAAAACCCCGCUAACUGUAGCCAAGAACUCCCGUGAGUAUGAACGGAUAACGAUAAAACGUUUUCAAGUAACGGUUUCUUUCGUCGGAUGGACUGUUUUUGGAGGACCGUUGAAGACUGGAUGAAAAUGCUAAAGGCUCGUGUCGCAGUAGCAGCAGUGAGAGUAAAUAUAACGUUACCGUCUCUGUAACGGCCGUUUGUUCAGUUCAAACAGACUGUUACUUUGGCUUGUACUAGCUAGCUAACGUUAACUCUUCGUCGGUGAAUGUACAGAAAAGAAAAGAAAACUCUCAGUUGUUGCUGAGAAACUUGUAAUGCUUCUUAGUUGUUUUUUUUUUGCCUUUUUGCUAACCUGUUGUGUCUUGUUCCCGUGUAAUCCGAGACCCGCCACAUUACGGCAAGUUGACCUAUCGGGUAUCCGAGGCAAGAGUACCUCUUUUGGGAGAGUGGUGGAUAAUCGACGACUUGUUUAGUUAACAGUUAAUUAGGAUUUCUAACUUUAGCUAGAUAACAAGCGGCAUCCCAUCACACUUCUCCAUCACCACACUUGGGGGAGAAAAGACUAUGUGCAGUUUGUUUGCACAAAAAAAAAAGAAAAGACAGGGGUAUUAACAGUAACAAUUACUGGAUUGAUUUUUAGAACACAUACACACACACACACACACACACGCACACACACACAUACAGGGAAAAUUAUGGAUGGAUAAUUUACGUGUUACGACCACUCUCUAAACAGCUAAAUGAUCCGCGGGACAAAUCCCCGGUAAAGACAUUAAAACAAGCGUGGAUUUGAGGUCGAUGGCAGAGAAUAAGCCGAUAAAUCUAAAACACUUAAAUGUAUUAAUUCCUUGCUCCGAUCAAUCUGAAAAUGAGGUAUCACAGGACGCAGAAACACACGGACUCCGCCGCAGCACAUAGAGAUUACCGUGCCGUUACACCGUAAAGCCAAACACUAGUGAGGGAAAGUAUUUCUGCUGGUGAGGCGACCCCCCCCCCUCCUCCUCCCACCCCUUCCUCAUUCUCCCGCUGCCUGCUGAGUUUUGGACACCGGAGCUAGGGAGUCAGAUCGGGGAGCUUUCCGGCAGCGACAGCGGCGAACUCCCGUAGCUCUGAGCUUGGCUUCACCCGGAGCGCGGAGCCGAAGCCCGUUUCUCUCUCCGCUCCGACUUCUUCCCACUCGUGCGCAGGGCAGAGAGAGUUGCAGCAGCAAAGCACAAGCGGACACUGAGACUGUUGGUCCCCUCUCCCGCAUGAUUAAACCGGAAAUUUGCUGCCCUACGAGGUCCCCGGAGCGUGAGGAGGGACCCGCAGCAGGGAGCCGGCAGAAGAUGACCGGGAUGGGGACAGGGACGGCCCGGAGUGGGAGCCGGUGUCAGCCUCUUUUUCUCCUGCUCCUCCUCGGCAGCAGCUGCCACAUGUUGCACGGGCAAGAAUCAGAGGUUGCUCCCUACCUGCGAGGGGCUGGACUGGGGCAGCAGGUGGUGUUAGAGGGAAACAGGCUGGUGCUGACCUGUCUGGCUGGAGGCAGCUGGCCUCUGCAGUACCGCUGGACUCUCAACAACAGCUUCAUCACCGACUGGACAUCGCAGUACAGGUUGUCCGUCCAGUCUCUGAAGAGGACCGAUGCUGGCCUGUAUCAGUGUAUGGUGAGGAACAGGAUGGGAGCAGUCAUACACAGGAGUACAGAGAUGCAGGUGGCCUUUAUAGGGAACUUCUCCGCUGAGGAGCAGAGAAAGACGGUGACUCAGGGCCGAGCAGCCAUCAUCAGCCAGCCUCCCCUCGCCUCCUUCCCCCGACCCCUAGUCACAUGGUACAAAGACGGACACAAGAUAAUCCCCAACAACCAAAUUGCAAUCACUUUGGACAAUCAGCUGGUCGUCUUAGCAACCACUGGAGCGGACGCUGGACGUUACCACGUAGAGGCGGUGAACGAGAUGACAGGAGAGAAUGUGACAAGUCCUGCUGUCUACCUGAGCAUCUCAGUUGGCAAGAAGAACCGAGGGUCAACAGAUCCUGAAUCAGAACUUGUGGCUCCGGCGAUUGUGAUUGGACCUAAAGACACAACAGUGGUGGCAGGAAGUGAGGCGACACUGGAGUGCAUUGCUAACGCCAGACCUAUUGACAGCCUUGUGGUGUCAUGGAAACGUGAUGGGCGUCAUCUGGCAAGUGGGCGUCGGCUCACUCUUCCUGCCCCCACCUCUUCGGACACAGGGUUAUAUGUUUGUGAAGCGUUGCUUAGCAACAGCACUGCCAAACCUGUGGAGGCAAGGGCACAACUCACUGUGACGGAGCCACCUUCUCUGACUGCUAAACCUAAGAGGAAGAUCCACGCUGACCUCGACAGGAAUGUAGAUAUCCCCUGCCUGGCUACAGGCGUGCCCCAGCCCAGGAUAGAGUGGUAUAAGGACGCGGUGCCUCUUUCCAUACUGGCCAACCCUCGCUACAAGGUCACCGCAGGCUCCGGGCUGACGGUGCGCAGGGUGCAGCCAGGAGACGGAGGAAUAUUCCAGUGCUUCGCUCGCAACGCUGCUGGAGAAACUCAGGCACACGCACAACUCCUUGUUUCAAGCGUGGCCCCCACAUUUACAUUUCCUCAGUCUGACCAAACAGUAACUGAUGAGACCACAGCCUUGUUUAUGUGCCAGGCGAGCGGAGCUCCAAAACCUGCCAUCACCUGGAGGAAAGGAUCACAGAUAUUAGCUAGUGGCUCGGUCCAGGUUCCCAGAUUCACACUGUUGCAGUCAGGUGGUUUGCAGAUUCAGCCAGUCAGCUUCCAGGAUACAGGAGAAUACACAUGCAUCGCCUCCAACUCAGAGGGAACCAUCAACGCCACCUCUAUGCUCACCGUCUGGAGUCGAACAGUCAUUUCUGUGCCUCCAACAGACCAGCGUGUCAUCAAAGGAACCACUGCUAUUCUAGACUGUAAUGCUACACAUGACCCCAGAGUCAAUAUCAGCUUUAAGUGGGAUCGAGGUGGUUUGCCGCUCCGUCCCACCAGUGGGGGCCGUGUCUCCAUGCGCAAGGGUUCCCUCACCAUUGGCCAGACGUGGUCAGGUGACAUUGGGGAUUACACCUGCACCGUGACAUCGCAGGCUGGCAACGAUUCUCGCUCUGCACGCCUGGAAGUAAUUGAGCUGCCACACUCUCCUCGCUCCCUGACGGCCCGUCUCAAUGACUCUGACUCCCGCUCCGUCCUCCUGUCCUGGCUACGCCCCUUUGAUGGGAACUCCCCACUUCUGCACUACCUGCUGGAGCUCUCUGAGAACAACUCACCGUGGAAGGUCUACCUAUCAGAGGUCGAUCCUGUGGUGACUGAGGUAUCAGUGGGCGGGCUCACACCUGCCAGGACCUAUCAGUUCAGGCUUUGUGCUGUCAAUCAAGUGGGCAGGGGUCAGUACAGCGCUGAGACGCAGAGAUUGAUGCUGAGGGAGGAGGCACCCAGCGCUCCUCCAAAGAAUAUUGUGGCCAGUGGGCGGACAAACCAGUCCAUCAUGGUCCAGUGGCAGCCUCCGCCAGAACCCCAGCUCAACGGAGUCCUCCGAGGAUACGUACUCAGGUACCGUCUGGCAGGGCUGCCAGGGGACUACCAGGAGAAGAACAUCAGCAGCCCAGAGACCAACUACUGUCUGCUGAAAGAUCUGAUCAUCUGGACUCAAUACCAGAUCCAGGUGGCUGCCUUCACUGGAGCCGGCCUGGGCGUCUACAGCAGCCCUGUCACUGAGUACACUCUGCAGGGAGUUCCCACAGCACCUCCGCAGGAAGUGGAAGUUUUAGCUAUCAACUCGACUACCAUCCGCUUCACAUGGAACCCUCCGCCUCAGCAGUUUAUUAAUGGCAUCAACCAGGGAUACAAGCUGCUGGUCUGGCCAGAGCAGUCUCCAGAGGAUAAUAUUGUGGUAACCAUCACCCCAGACUACCCCAGUUCACGCCACACAGGAUUAGUCAGCGGACUCAAGAAAUUUACCUGGUACUUUGGCUCCACCCUCUGCUUCACAACACCUGGAGAUGGCCCCCGCAGCCUGCCCACCCUGCUGCAGACACAUGAGGACACACCUGGACCCGUUCGUUUCCUGAGCUUCACUGAAAUCUUGGACACAUCCCUCAGAAUCAGCUGGGCGGAUCCUGAAGAUAAGAAUGGCAUCAUCACUGGCUACGUGUUGUGGUGGGAAGUGUCUGGCAUGGAGUCGAGUCGUGUGGAACGUUCACUGUCCAACUCCACCCUGCAGUGCCAGCUGACGGGCCUCACCUCCACCACCGUGUACGCACUACAGGUGGCAGCGCUCACUGCCGCAGGACGGGGCGUGGUCACAUCCUCCACCAUCUCCACUGGAGUCCCACCAGAACUUCCUGGUGCACCAUCUAACUUAGUCAUCUCCAACAUCAGCCCUCGGACAGCAACGCUUCGGUUCCGCCCUGGUCCUGAUGGCAAGACCGCCAUAUCUCGAUGGAUAGUAGAAGGCCAGGUAGUGAAGUUGGAUGGAAAGGACGAGGACUGGAGAGUUGUCUACCAGAAAGAAAACCAGCCAGAUGCAGACGCGCUGGAGAUCCCCGACCUCACUCCGUUCACCCAGUACAGGUUCAGGAUGCGGCAGGUGAACAUUGUCGGCGUCAGUGCCUUGAGCGCCCCCUCCAGGAUAAUUCAAACCCUACAGGCUGCCCCUGACACACACCCCUCUAACCUCACUCUGCUGUCUGCCACACAGACCAGCCUGCGCUUCAAAUGGAAGCCUCUCCCAGAGUCCGAGUACAACAGCAGUCCAGAGACUGUGGGAUACCGGCUGCGUGUGUGGAGGACCGACGGCCUGGGGGAGGACAGGACAGAGGAUGUGGCGAGAGCUGGGGGGACCAAUGAGACCACAAUAGAGAGCCUGAAUCCCUGGACCCAGUACCAGGUUCAGAUACAGGCCUACAACUCCAUAGGACCUGGACCAUGGAGCAACACUGUCGCAGCACUCACCGCAGAAUCUGUUCCAUCUGGAUCUCCGGUGAAUGUGACUGCUGAGGCAGUGAGUUCCACCAGGAUCCUGCUCAAAUGGUCUGCUCUCCCUCAGGCACAGAAGAAUGGAGCCAUACUUGGAUAUAAGGUGUUGUACAGCGAGAAGGACUCAGAAGCUCCCCCCAGUGUACAGGUGGUAGAAGGAGAGGGGAGUGUGACGCUGCUCCUCGGGAUUCUCCAAAAGUACACUGUGUACGUGCUGCAGGUGCUGGCGUACACACGGAUAGGUGACGGCCCACAGAGCAACCCGAUACUGCUCAGAACCAAAGAAGAUGUCCCAGGCCCCCCUGUCAGGAUGGUGUUUCCAGAAGUUCGGUUGUCAUCAGUUAGGGUGGUUUGGCAGCCACCCACGAACCCCAAUGGCAUCAUAUUAGGCUACCAGAUCUCCUACUGCUUGGACAGCAGGGACCCUCAGCGAUGGACCACAGUGGAGGUGGGCUCCAAUGCUCGACAGUUCACCGUCACAGGACUUUCCCCUGAGCAUGCGUACGUGUUCCGACUCACUGCUCGCACCGCCGUGGGCUGGGGCGAAGAACAGGAAGCCCUGGUUGUUACCACAGAACGCAGAGAGCGUCCCCAGCCACCCAGGAAGUUGGCUGUUCCUCAGGACGGGGUUGAAUCUCGCCAUCUCCGCCUCCACUGGGUGACGGGUGGGACAGGGUCCUCCCCACUGAGGUACUUCACUCUGCAGGUCAAAGAGCUGCCCAGCGGGGACUGGAACACGCACACCGCUGACAUCCCACACAACGUGACCACCUGGACCAUUGACAGGCUGAAGCCCUUUACGUCAUACAAAUUCCGGAUGCUGGCCACCAACGAUGUAGGGGACAGUGUCCUUAGCAAAGAGACAGAGGCGGUUACAACUCUGCAGGAUGUGCCUAACGAGCCUCCAGUGAUCCUCGCAGUGAAACCAACAACCACUACCUCCGUCCUGGUGCAGUGGAAGCGUCCCGAUGACAACAGUAUCAACGGGGUGUUGACCGGAUAUCGGCUGUAUUAUAGAGAGCUCCCAGCAAACAACUCCACUUUCGCUAAAGCAGAAAUCCAGGCAACCAAAAACAACACCACAAGUGCCCUCAUUACAACCAAGAGCACCUUCAAGACAGUCAGCAGUGCCUCGCUAACAGAGUUUGAGUUGACACAACUAAAGAAGUUCAAACACUACCAGAUUGUUAUGACAAGCUACAAUAUCAUCGGAGAGAGCCCACCCUCCACCCCAGUCGAGGUGUCUGUUGGAGAGGCAGCUCCAUCGGUGGCCCCUCAGUCUAUCAGAGUGUCAGCUGUGUCUUCCUCCAUCCUGGAAGUGACUUGGGACACACCCCCCCUCGAGACCCAAAAUGGUCUUAUCCAAGGAUACAAGAUCCACUACUGGGAGAGGGACAAGCAGAACCAGAGUGAGAAGGUCAAGGUGAUUUUUGUCCCAGACACCCGUGUGCACCUCACCAACCUGACCAGCUACACACCCUACCUGGUGACUCUGACUGCCUUCAACACGGCUGGAGACGGCCCUCCCAGUGACCCCCGCGGAUCCCGCACCCUGCAGUCUGCUCCCAGCCAGCCCAGCUACCUGUCCUUCUCAGAGGUUACAGGAGGAAGUGUCAAUGUGUCCUGGGGAGCUCCACUCACUCCUAAUGGACAGCUGGAGGGCUACAGGAUCAUCUACCAGCCCACUGCUCCUGUACAAGGAGUGAGUAAAGUGGUGACAGUGGAUGUGCGGGGCAGCUGGCAGAGAUGGCUGAAGGUUCGAGACCUGGUCAAAGGAGCGACGUACACGUUCAGUGCUCAGGCUCUCACAGUCAGCUAUGGACCACCCAUACAGGCAAACAUCAGUGCUCAGCCUGUGCAAGGCGCCCCUGGGUCACCCAUGGAAAUGUCCAUCACCAAGACGUCGUCUGCGCUCACUAUCCACUGGACAGAAGGAGAAAUCGGAGCAGCACCGGUCACUGGCUACGUAAUUGAGGCUCGUCCAUCAGAUGAAGGAGUGUGGGAUUCCUUCAUCAGACUCCUCCCUCCCAGCAGCAGAUCGGUUUCAGUGCCGCUGGAGCGCCUCAGGUCAGGGAUCAGCUACGAGUUUAGAGUCAUCGCUGUUAAUCGCUAUGGUUACGGACAGCCGAGCACACCUACUGCUGCUCUUGCUGCGCUGUCAGAGCGUCCGUUCUACGAGGAGUGGUGGUUCCUGCUGGUCAUGGCUCUGGUGGGACUCAUCCUCAUUCUGGUCCUGGUCUUCACACUGCUGCUGCAUGGGCACAGCAGCAAGUACAAGGCCUGUGGCACAGGGAAGCACAUGUCCACAGCAGAGGAGUCAGUAACGUUAGACAAUGGAGGUUUCACUGCUCUGGAGCUCAACAGCAGAACGCUCAACACCAAGAACUCCUUCCUGAAAAAGAACGGGACUAGGUCUCCUCCCAGGCCCAGUCCAGGUGGUCUUCACUACUCUGACGAGGACAUAUGUAACAACUAUAACGGAGCAGUGCUCACUGAGAGCACCACACUCACGGAGAAACCCACCGAGGUCUCUGAGUCAGAGUUAACAGACAGCGACUACGAGGACGAGCAGCCCAAGCACUCCUUCGUCAACCACUACAUGAGCGACCCCACCUACUAUAACUCCUGGAAGCGGCAGCCCAAAAGCCUUAAACCGAUCGGCACUCCUUUUGGCUACGAAGAGUGUGCCACUGCAGAAACGGAGCCCUACUACCAGACCGUGGUAACCCAGCACAGCACAGGCGGCGCGUACACACCCACAGGGCAGCCUGCACACACACACGUCAACCCCAACACCAACCCGCCUCCGGGGUCACGCACCCCUGUGACGGGAUUCUCCUCAUUUGUUUGACUCUAGAGACAAAAUCUGCACAAAAUGAUACACACACACGUACACAAAAUGAAGGAGGGGGCCCGGUAUGUGUUUGGACUAAAGGAGAGCGAGCCGGCGGCUUCAGAGGAGAGGGAAGGGUGAGAUGGGGAGACGUGGGACGGACUGGUGACCAAACAGCCCUUCAUGCCCCAAAGAACUAAACCUACACUUCUCACUCGCCUUCUCCCCUCGUUCACAAAGAUCCUCACUGUGUCGACAAGUGUGUGUGUGUGUGUGUGUGUGUGUGUGUGUGUGUGUGUGUGUGUGU